AUGGAUCGUUUUAUGAAUUCUAAUAUUGACCAACAGACGAUAUAUGAAAUUUAUCGAGCAUGUCGCCUUUGUGGUGCCGGUGCCGGCUACAAAAUGCCUAUAAUUCAAAAUGUUGUAGAUUUGGAUGGACGCGAUGUGGAAUUGAAGCAGAAAAUUCGGGAAUGUGUGCAAAUUGAGGUAAAUCUGGAUGACAAAAUGCCACCGCUCAUUUGCGAGUUGUGCGUUGAUAAAGUUAAUGACUUCUACGAGUUCUUUGAAAUGUGCAGACAGACCAACAAGAGAACAAGACAGCGACUUGGUCUUCCACCUCAGACGUCUCAUAGAGGAGCGGCAGAAGCUGGAGACUGUAUCCUUGGUGUAACGGAGCCUGUAUAUGUCAGUGAGAACUCUAAGGAGCCUCUAUCUAAGCAAAAAUCUAAAGUACAAAAGGGCAAAACAAAAAAGGAGUCUGAAGUUAAAAUUAAGAACGAAGUUCCGGAGAGCCGUCGAGAGUCGCGGUCCUCAAGCAGAUCCAGCGCAGUGCCGGAGACCCGUCGUGCCACUAGAGGCUCGUUCUCCAGUUCGCCAGCCAAUUCGUCCAUAAGGACCAGGCAGCUGGAGGCCAAAAGGCCUAUUGAAAUGAAAGGGAGGAAAGUAGCGCCGCCUCUUAAAUCAAUAUUGAAGAAAGAAAAGGAAGUCAACGUAAAGGUUGAAGACAAAAACCUAUCACUAAGAUCAAAGAGGCAGAGGGAAAAGGAGACUGUGAAACAGGAGUUGCCGAGUAAGCGAGUCAAAAUAGCAGUAAAACCGACACCGAAAGCUGCACCGAAAGCUGCACCGAAGCCAAUCCCGAAACCGAUACCGAAGCCGCCACCGCGCAAGCUUCUGAGGCGUGACUUGAAGCCAACGAAGCGGCCUCGGUCGCCGUCGCCACAGAAGGAAUGCAAAGUUUGCGGCAGGAAGUUCCACACUUCGCAGUCGCUUUCCAAUCACUCGAGGUCACAUCCAGCUGCACAAACACAAACCAAGCAGGUGAAAAAGGAACGGGGCGUCUCGUUCAGCGAUGGACGAGCACAGCGUGGCAGCGAGGAGAAGUAUUUUACAGACAAUUGUUUUAAAUGCGGUCGGAGUUACUUGUCACGCAAGAGUCUUUUGAAGCACGAGAGCGCGUGUACGGCUAAAAAGAAAGAAGGUCCUGGAGGGCCCAAAUUCCGCGGGUUCAGCUCGGUGGGUGCCAGUGCGGCUGCCGCUGAGGCUGCUUUGGAUCCGGAGAUAGCGGGCAAGCUGCGGCCCGUGCAGAUCAGAGUGGCGAGGUGUGACCCGCUGCUGGCGGAGCAGCACACCUGCAGCACCUCAACCGUACCGCAGGAGUUCGGCCUGGACAGCAACUGCGUAUAUCCAUACAUAUCUUCUGUUAGGAGCCUUCGUAUCAAAAGUGAACCGGGCAGCGAGAACGACGGCAUGGUCGAAAUUAAAGACGAUGUUAGAAUUGAUUUUGAUCUAGACGCGAAUUACAUUCAUUGGGAUUCGGAUUGCAGCAGCGACAGUGAGGCAGAACCUACGCUAAAUCUUGUGAUCAACCCUUAUGCCAAGAAAAAGAAGGUUAAGAGACUUUCCACGCUAACUCUCAAAACCAUAUUCUCAGAAAAGAUCCUCGGUAAAGUGCCGAGGAAGCGUAGGAAGGUAAAAUUGGAGAGUUCAAGUGAAAAUAUCGAAAGUAGAGUUAACACUGAUGAAGUCGACGUAACUAUUCAAAGUUUAGAUAGUAGCGAUGACUCUGAAUUGAGAAGCAGUAGAGAAAAUGAAAAGUCCUCGAUAGGUGAUGAAAAUAUUAAUAAAGAGGGUGAAGAAAGCAAUGCCGCAGAAAGUGCUGCAGAAAAAUCAAGAAGUGAUGGAGAAGAAGGUUCAACUACCGGUGAAAAAGUUAUCGAAAAUGCUGAAAAAACAACGGAUGAAAGCAGCAUUCGUGAAGAAACAUGCACAAAGGAAACUGCGGACAGUGCUAGCACUAACGUUGAAAGUUGUCAAGAAUCUGUAAAAAUAGAUGAAAAACAGGCGAUAGAUGAGAAAAUGGAAAAUAUUAACGAAGAAACUAGUGGUUUAAGUCAAGUUUUAAUUUCCAAUAUUAGUUCGCAAUUAGAUGGAAACAAUGGUGUUCUUGAAUCGGAGAAAGUUUCGGAAAACAAUUCUGAAGUACAAGAUGUAGAAACUACCAAAGAUGAUAACAUUAUAUCUGAAAUUGAAACAGAAACCAAAAACGAUGCAGAAGAAAAUAUAGCGGAAGAAAAUGCAACAACAGAAGUUAAACAAGAAGAGAAAGAAAGCGAAGAAGCGCAAACACAAGAUGUUUCAAAUGAAUUGUUUCAGGGAAGUGAUAAUUACUCGAAUAUGAAAGCAGCAACCACACCAGAUGAAGAAGCAAAUGGUAAAAUGGUGAAUGAAAGUACAGAGAAUAAUUCUGUAGACGAUAUGCAGGACAGUAAUAUAGACGACUCUGCAGAUAAUAAAAUGGAUGUAAUGGAUGAAGAUUCGAAUUAUCAAAAUGAAAUUCGUGAGACUGAAAAAGAUCUGGAAGCGAUUCAGAAAUCCGAAGAUGAAGAUAGACUAGAGAAAUCAAUUCAAGAUAAAAUUUACUCUGACUCGGUAGCUAAUGCAUCUGAAUCUACUGAUCUGAAAAGUCAUGAGGAAGUAAACCAUAGAGCAGAAGAAUUACAUGAUAAUAAAAUACAAGACAAAGAAAGUUCUGGACAUGUGGAACCCGCUGUUAACACAGAUAAUCAAGAAUCUAGAGAGGAAGUGACAGAAAUAUGUAACAACAUUAAAAAUGUAAAUGGACAGACCGAUAAACAAAGAUACAAAUUAAACAUGGAUGACUUAGACGACAUCAGUGACACUGAAAUGGAUGACCGGAAACUAUUGGAGGCAUUGGAUGCUCAAAUCGGCGAGGGCGAUUCCAAAGAAGAAAAGGGAACCGAUAAAGACAAAAUAACUCUAGAAGACCUUCUCCCUGAUAAAGCUUCAGACAUCAAACCAAUGGAUUUGGACAGCAUAGCCGACGAAUUCAGUUUCGAUCCAUAG